GGGCAGGGGCGGGGCCGCGUCCUCGUCAGAGCAGGUAGCGGCGGCCGCGGCGGGCCUGGAGCCUGGGGCUUGGAGCUUGGGGCCUGGAGCCCGGGCCUGGGGCGCUGGCGGGCGGCCCCUCCCAACUCCCGGCGCGCCUCUCCCGGCUGCCGGCCCCCCUGAAGGUCAGGGCGCUUUGUUCUGCGCCGCGGGCGGCCUCCUGGGCGGCGGCCCCGCGGAGGAGGCGAAGACGGCUAGAGGCGGCGGCCGCUCAAAUCUCCCGCUAGCCCGGCCCGCCCCGCGUGCGGGGGCCGCGGCGGUUACACGGCCGGGCGCGCCGGAGCGUUCAGGCUUCCCGUUUUAAGGUGGAGACGUCCAGGACCUCUUUAUUAGAUGUUGAUGAAUUUGAGUUUUUCCGUAGGGCGAUGGUCAUCGUGAGCCUCUGUGGGGUCAGGCUGCGCUAACUGGGGUUUUGAUGUCAGUUUGGUGUGGCCGAGGGCAUGUCUGACGGGGAAGAAAGUCCUUGGCGUUGCUUCUUAGCUGUUGGGAGCUGUGCAGUGCGAGCGAGAUGGGCGGCGUGCGCUCCCCGAGGACUGGCCUGAGUAGCCUUAGACUAGUUACUCGCGGGACUUGGUUUCCCAGCCAAGGGGAUAAAAACACUCAGAUGGCAGAUCACAGUUUUUCAGAUGGGGUUCCUUCAGAUUCCGUGGAAGCUGCUAAAAAUGCAAGUAAUACAGAAAAGCUCACAGAUCAGGUGAUGCAGAAUCCUCGAGUUUUGGCAGCUUUACAGGAGCGACUUGACAGUGUCCCCCACACCCCUUCCAGCUACAUCGAAACUUUACCUAAAGCAGUAAAAAGAAGAAUUAAUGCAUUGAAACAACUUCAGGUGAGAUGUGCUCACAUAGAAGCCAAGUUCUAUGAAGAGGUACAUGACUUGGAAAGAAAGUAUGCAGCACUAUACCAGCCUCUUUUUGACAAGAGAAGAGAAUUUAUCACCGGUGAUGUUGAACCAACAGAUGCGGAAUCGGAAUGGCACAGUGAAAAUGAAGAGGAAGAGAAAUUGGCUGGAGACAUGAAAAAUAAAGUAGUCAUAACAGAAAAAGAAGCAGCAACAGCUGAAGAGCCAAAUCCCAAAGGAAUUCCAGAGUUCUGGUUUACCAUCUUUAGAAAUGUAGAUAUGCUAAGUGAAUUAGUCCAGGAAUAUGAUGAACCAAUCUUGAAACACCUGCAGGAUAUUAAAGUGAAGUUUUCUGACCCUGGACAGCCUAUGUCUUUUGUGUUAGAGUUCCACUUUGAACCCAACGACUACUUUACCAACUCAGUCCUGACAAAAACCUACAAGAUGAAAUCAGAACCAGAUAAGGCUGAUCCCUUUUCCUUUGAAGGUCCUGAGAUUGUGGACUGUGACGGGUGUACCAUUGACUGGAAGAAAGGAAAGAAUGUUACUGUCAAAACCAUCAAGAAAAAGCAGAAGCAUAAGGGUCGAGGCACUGUUAGAACAAUUACGAAACAAGUACCCAAUGAGUCCUUUUUCAACUUCUUCAAUCCACUGAAAGCAUCCGGGGAUGGAGAAUCACUGGAUGAAGAUUCUGAAUUCACAUUAGCCUCUGAUUUUGAAAUUGGACACUUUUUCCGUGAGCGGAUAGUCCCGCGGGCUGUGCUGUACUUCACUGGGGAGGCCAUAGAGGAUGAUGACAAUUUUGAAGAAGGUGAAGAAGGAGAAGAGGAGGAAUUAGAAGGUGACGAGGAGGGAGAAGACGAGGAUGAUGCAGAAAUUAACCCCAAGGUGUAAUUUUUGUCUGUUAAUCAUUCAUACGUUUCUAGAAGGAACCCAGCCAGCCGGCGGAAUGCAAGCAGCAGUAGGAAGCGGAGGCGGGUGCCUGGCAGACCGACUGUCGGGACUCCAGGCCUGUGGGCGGGGCCCCGGUCCUUGCCGCAGCACAAUCCCGUCGACAGAGCUUACUCCAUCUAACUCGUUUUCAAGUGCAUGAUUUUCACUUUCACUUUUCCUUUUUCCUUAUUAUUUUGCUUAACUUGUACAGUGGCAACUGAAAUGCAUUUCAGAAAUAGGAGGUUUCGUCCAGCACCCUCUGCAGCCUUGGUGCCUGUAGCUCUGGACUUGCCUGGGCCCUGUGGGAGGGCCCCAUAGAUCACAUCGGGGUGGGGGGGGUCACUUGGCAAAAAGGGCCGAGGUCUGAUGUGGUUCCCAGGAUCUAGAACCUCUCCCGCCCUCCUACAGUUGGACUGAAUUCUUCCCUUUCAUUCGAAGAAACCCACUUGCUGUUUCCAGCUGCUUAAUCUGCCGAGUGUGCAGCCUGCGUCACCUGUUACAUGCUAAUCAUCUCAGAAGGGCUGUGUAGAGUAGCUGUGUUCUUCUUAGGAUGUUGCUUCUUGAUUUUCUUUUUUUAAGGGGUGGGUCAGGGUUGUGACACACCAGCCCAGGCAAGAGCUGCUGCGGGUCACCUCAUAUUUAUUUAUCCCUUCUUGCCUGUGAGGACUGCGGCCUUUCGCUGUCACUCGUCCUUACCAUUUCUGAACCACCUUGGUGACCUGAGCGGGAAGAGGUGCCACUUCCUAGCAGGAGCAAGGCCUGUGCGGAAGAAACGCUGCUCCUUGCCACCAGGGCUGAAGACGCGAGCCCGUCCUCGUGACGCAGGCGCCGCCCUGCUGCCGGAGCCGGGCUUCGGCGGUCUUCUCCAGUGAGGGGCUGGGCUGGGAAGUCCUGCGUUUCAGUUGAGCGUAUGAGCGUCAAGUCCUGCUUUCUCAGUAGCCCCAUUGCUGGGCCCCACCAUUCAUCCUGUCUGAAGGUCCUGGGUUUGGUGUGACCGGUUGGCGGCUGGUGGGUGGGAUUUCCAAGUGGGGGACGGCACUCUCCAGCAGCCUGGGGAUGGCCGUGUCCACACCGACCAGGCCUGUGGAGAGUGCUCAGCCUAACCUUAGAACACAUUUGUAACUGAAUACAGUGUUUUCAAUUUGUACAGAAUAGUUAGAAUAUUCUAUUAAAGUUGUGAAACAUGGAGUCA